AUGGCCAUGGCUUCCACCGCCACCGCCGCUGCUUCUCCCCGCCUCGCCUUCCCUCUCCUCUCCGCGCCGGCCUCCUCCUCGUCGUCCUCCAAUACGCUUCGCUUCCCUCUCCGCCGCCGCCGCGCCUCCCGCCCCCUCGCCGUAGCCGCCUUCAAGAAGCUCUCCGAGGCGUCCCCCGUGCCCAUCCCUCAGGAGCCCACUCAGCCCCUGGUCGACGAGGACGCCCUGCCCCCAAGCCCGGAGUCUACGGCGUCUACAUCCCCGCCGGGGAGCUGCAGUUCGUCGGGAUUUCGCGUCACAGUAUCAGAUGAGGAGACACCAGAUCGAGCUGCCCUUAAUAAUGCCUGGAAAUCAUGGAUGGAAGAACAUAUAGAAGCCACUGGCAAGGCGCCACCAGGGAAUGUUGCAGGAAACUACACCUGGGUUGGUGCCCCCCAGAGGCCUCCAGACUUGCGGUUGAUGCCUGGACGCCAUGUCCAGCUGACUGUUCCACUAGAACAGCUGAUAGACCGGUUGGUGAAGGAGAACAAAGUGGUAGCCUUCAUCAAAGGAUCAAGGAGUGCUCCCCAGUGCAGAUUCUCACAAAGGGUGGUGGGUAUCCUGGAAGCACAUGGAGAGGAUUUCGUAACUGUUGAUGUGCUUGAUGAGGAACACAACCAUGGGCUAAGAGAGGCGCUGAAGACAUACAGCAACUGGCCGACGUUCCCUCAGAUUUUCGUUGGCGGGGAGCUCGUGGGAGGCUGUGAUAUUAUUUCAUCCAUGGCUGAAAAACGGGAGCUUGCUGCCCUAUUUCAGAAAUAG